AUGUCCCUAUAUAAGAAAAAGGCUGAAACAUACAUGCCAGGCCUCACGGCCCGGUGCAUCCAUACCAGAACCCAGUACCCUCGAACCUACUGGGCCAAUACUACGACCUUGGUUCCAUGGCACAAUCCGACCUCUUCCACAGCUAUGCCGCGCCCCGAUCAGCCUCAUAACUGGCAACUUGUGCAGAAAAUUAUACGAAAGAUGGCCCGUUUGAGUUCGUCCGGUGGCACUGCGGGAUUCUCGCCUGCGGCUGGCGGCCAUGUGGACUGUUCCUUUCGGAUCCCUCGACACGCGAUACUCCGUCCAGUUGGAGAGGAUAACGACGACGUUGCUGUUGUUAUAUAUAACUCACAUACAUAUAAGACUGGGUGGAAUGACAUUUCUGAUGCGGACCAAACCGUCAGCACUCGUUUCUCCGUUGAGUUAGCACGAAAUCCACUCAGUAUUACAUACAUCGACCUUGACCUAGAAGCUUGA